GUCUGCCUUCGUUAGGUUUAAUCCUUUGAGUCGAUAAGUCGUAUAGAGUGAAAUAAUAAAUAUCCCGUGUUUUUAUUUGUGUUACUUUUAUAUAUUUGGUUCAGAGACAAUUACGGCGCCUUUCCGUGUGUUCUAAACCGCCAUCAGACAUACGUUCAGAAAAUUGGUCCAGAGACGAUUACGGCGCCUUUCCGUGUGUUCUAAACCGCCAUCAGACAUACGUUCAGAAAAUAGGUCCAGAGACGAUUACGACGCCAUUUCGUGUGUUCUUAGCCGCCAUCAGAUAUACGUUCAAAUAAUAGGUGCAGGAACGAGUUGGCUGCCAUCACUUCUGCUAGGUUAAACUGAACGUUUAUAAGUUUUAUCGAAAGAAGCAAAAUGAGUGGCACUAAAAAGGAUGAUCAUACUAAUAGACCAGUAAGUUCUGACGGAUCCAACGAUGAUGAUCACGCAAGAGAACCAAAACGUUCUCUUCCAAAUUCAUCUGAUUCAAAGUCAUCACAGUCAGAAGAUGAGAAAAUUAAAGCUUCAGAUCACGAGGAAAUGAAUCAAUCUGUAAAUGAAAAGUUAAAAGGGUCCGCUAAGGAGAAAAUGGAGCAAACAAUAGCCGAGAAAGUUGCAGUAGCCCGUCGAAUAUGGGACUAUAUGAGUGACGAGCGAAACAAGGACUUCGCGAAUAAGAUCAAUGUUUUUUUCGAAAAUUUCCAAACUAAAUCAGAGGCUGAUCAGAAGCAGGAAAAUAAAACAACUUCUAAAUGUUUAACUUCAAGCAAAGAGCCAAACACUUCUUCAAAAAAAGAGAAAUUUGUAGUAAGACAUGAUCGCAAGAAGUAUAGGGUGGGAAGAAGCAAAGUUAUCGUAGACGUUACAAUUGCAGGAAAUGUUAAACCGAACCAAGCACCAGAAACUGAGAACUUUGAAUCAGAUUCAAACAACGAUGAAUCUGACUCUACUUCGAGCGACUCUGACUCACAUCCAAGAGCUAGAACAGAUACUAGAAAAUCAGAACGAACUAAAAAACGUAAAAGAUCUGUAUCCUACAACGAGAACAACUUCGAAAUUCCUGAUGAAGAAGAGCGCGAGACAGUUUCUAAAAAUUCAAGCUCCCAUAAAAGAAAAAAAUCUAUCAUCAAAAACACUUGCAGAUUAUCUAGCAGUGUUAGUGUUGAGACAACAGUCAUCGAAUACGAAUAUGACACACCAAAAACUGGUAAUCAGGCACCAGAGGCGUUAGAACAUAGUGUUUCCAGUGCAGUCGAAAGUAAUAAAAAAUGCGAUCGUGAUAUUGCCCCACGUCGGACACUGAUUUCUCUUAUGCUGACUUUGUGA